AUGACUAAGACACCCACCACCUGCGAUUGGAUCCCUUCCAAAGUUACUGAAGAGACCCUCAAUGAAUAUGUGACCAUGGGUGUUUUAGCCGCCAAAGAAGUCAUUCACUGGCGGGCUCCAGAUCAUGAAUGCCCUCCUGAACCUCAAGAGGCUUCCCCGCGGUGGCAGGUGCUGGUGGUGGGGGCUGCUGUCGCCGCCGUGCCACUCGUCUCCCGGCCCGCUCCGGUGGCAUUCGCGGCGGCGGAUGGCAAGUUCAUGCCGGUCAUCGACCGGAUGGCCGACUACUCCUUCGUCUACCCGUUCGGAUGGCAGGAGGUGUUUGUGCAAGGGCAGGACAAGGUGUACAAGGACGUGAUCGAGCCGUUGGAGAGCGUGAGCAUCAACAUGAUCGCCACCACCAAGGAAGACAUUCGAGACCUCGGCCCGCCCGACCAGGUCGCCGAGGCUUUGGUACGGAAAGUCCUAUCUCAGCCCACGCAGAAGACCAAGUUGAUCGAGGCAAAAGAGGUACAUAUAGAUGGAAGAGCUUACUACACUUUCGAGUUCACUGCUCAGGAUCCAAAUUUCACAAGACACGUGCUUGGCACAAUCACCAUAGCAAAUGGCAAAUUUUACACGCCGGCGACGGGUGCAAACGAGAGGAGAUGGGACAAGAUGAAGGACAGGCUUCAUACAAUCGUCGACUCCUUCAAAAUCGAAACAAAAGUGUCAGGGUGUCUGAGGCUUUGUGUUGAUUUUCUUUGUUGUUGGUUUGUUCAUUUUCAGAGCUGCAGCUGGCGCGAGGUUGAGCACUAA